GUGCGCUCUUCGCACACAGUCCGCAGAUAGUAUAAAAACUUACACCAAAGUUCCAGUAGGCAUCAGUUCAGUGCGGUUGCUCAAAAAGCCAACCACUAAUAACACAAAUUAAAAACAAGUACAUUCUUAAUUAGAAAAUGCAACUCCUUUCGUGUCUCGUGGUAGUCGCUGUUGCGCUUUUCAGUACCGCGAAAGCAGGAUAUAUUCCUCAUGGCCACGCCUCGAGCUAUGCUUCCGUGGUGCAGCAUGACGUUGUGCCUCAUCACGGCGGUUACUUGGGUCCAGUAAACUACGUGGCCUACGGUGGCCACGGAGAGGAUCAUUAUGUGGAGGAACCACAUCACUACCCGAAAUAUUCAUUCGACUAUGGUGUUAAGGACUCACACACUGGCGAUCACAAGAGCCAAUGGGAGCAUCGUGAUGGUGAUCAUGUGAAGGGUGGUUAUACUCUGGCCGAGGCUGACGGCACUACACGCGUUGUGGAAUACACAGCUGAUGAUCACAAUGGCUUCAAUGCCGUCGUAAAGAAGAUCGGACAUGCGUACCAUCCCCAAGUGUACAAUACACAUAAGGAAGCCUACGGCUACGGUGGUCAUGGACAUUAUCCCCUUGGGCAUGGCAGCAGUUAUGUGGAAAUCAAGCAACACCAUUAAAAACAUUGGAGAUCAGACAGCUUUGGAAAUCAUAGACAGGAUAUUGCAGACAUUGGUGGACCUUUUCCAUGGACAUUGAUUCGACAAACAAAACUUUUGCCAAUUAGUAAAUAAGAAGUGAUAUUUUGAAAAUGAUAAUAAUAAUA